UUUUUCUCUAAUUAUAUAUGUAUAUAUUUUUAAAAAUUACCUUCGUUCACGAGGAGGUCAAAGAAAAGAAAUAGCAACAGAGCAUCUCCUUUUUAAUUUUUUGCCCUAAUUUUCCUGCAUGUUCAGUUUCGAAGAAAGUAGAAACCGAGGUUGAAGAUGACUGCGCCAGAUACUGAACCGGAAGUUGCUUCGUCUUCCCAAAGAAAGGUGAAGAAAAAAAAGCAGAAGACUGUUGCAGCUUCUAAUUCUGGCGUAGAUCUGAAGUCCAUCAUCCAUAACCAUGCAUUACUCUUUGACAAAUUAGUGGAGCUUAUCCCGGUAAGGUUCUAUCUACCUAGUGAUGAAAAAGGAAAACCUUGGUUUCAGGGCCUUAGCAAGAAAGAAAAGGCUAUAGCUAAGAAGGAAUCAAAGGAAAACAUUAAGAAAGCACGAAGAGAUCGUAUGGAUCCGGAAAAGUCUUCUAAAUCAACCGUUGAUUUGCUUAAAGAGAGCUUGGAAAAUGAAGGUGACGAUGAUGAAGAAGAUGUUAAGCCAAUGGCAUCUGGGUUCAACGAUGACCAGACAGUGACAUAUGAAGAACUAAGACAACGCCUUCAUAAAAAAAUUGAGGAAUUCCGGGUGAACAGAAAUACAGGAUGUUCAAAUAGGGAAAAGAAGAGAAAUGAAAGAAACGAAAGAAGGGAAGUUAUCAAGAAGAAACGCAAGAGAGAAAUCGACCCUGAUGAGAAGAAAUCAGCCACCACCCUCUCCAAAGCCGAAAUGGAGAGGAAUGUAGUUGAGGCUUCCAAGGAGCUUGCAUUUGGUCAUGUUAAACUAGGAACUGAAGAAGAGCAUGGUAAGAAUAAGAAGAGAAAACUCUCUAAGUUGAAGGAACUCGAAAAGGCAAAAAAGUUGGAGGAAGCAAAGAAAGAUCCUGGAAAGGGCGAGAUAAUAUUGAAGCAGCAUUCUUGGAAUGCAGCAACAAGCAGAGCUGCUGGGGUUAAAGUUCAUGAUGAUCCACAGCGCCUGAUGAAGAGUUUACGGAAGGAAAAGAAACAGCAGCUGAAGAACGUCGAGAAAUGGAAAGACAGGAUUGAAACCACCCAGAAGAUGAAGGCAGAAAGACAACAAAAGAGAUCAGAAAACAUAGCUCAGAAAAUCCAUGACAAGAAGAUGAAACGGAUUGCAAAGAGGGAGAAAAAACUAAUGCGCCCUGGGUUCGAAGGUCGCAAGGAAGGUUUCAUUAACGAAAGCACUGGAUGAUGUGAAGAGAAGUAAGUUUCUGCACCAGUUUUGCCUUUUGAGGUUUGAAAUUAGUUUAAGGAAAUCAUUUUAACGUCAAAAUAUGUAACUAUAUUCUAAAAUCAAAUCAUUUAUUACCCUCGUUCUCUUUUACUCUUGAUCAGCAUGAGAUUGAAGAGUGUAUGUCUUGACUAGUAAGCAAUUUGGUAAUGCUCGAGCGAGAAUUUAGUCCACAUUAAUAAAUUUCAUAACUUGAUACAAA